AGUACUGCAGCUUCAAGCUUUGUGGUGGUAUAAUGGAAAGUGGUACUGAAGUCUUCAAGGCGAGAAGUUUGCGUGCAAGUAAUUCACCUAUAUGGAGGAAUAAUGCGGUGGAAGUUUUCUCGAGGUCUUCAAGAGAUGAAGAAGAUGAAGAAGCUCUCAAAUGGGCUGCACUCGAAAAACUUCCUACGUACGAUCGUUUAAGGAAGGGCAUACUAACUACAUCGAGAGGUGAGGCCUCUGAAAUCGAUAUACAUAAUCUUGGACAGCAAGAAAGGAAGAAGUUGAUUGAGAGGUUGCUAAAAAUUGAAGACGAUAAUGAGAAGUUCUUGCUGAAGCUCAGGGGUCGGUUAGAUCGGGUUGGAAUUCAGCUUCCAACAAUUGAAGUACGAUUUGAGAAUCUAAAUGUAGAAGCAGAAGCUUACGUAGGAAGCAGAGCAUUACCGAGUUUCUUCAACUUCCAUGUCAAUAUCGUAGAGGGGUUCUUGACUUAUCUCCGCAUUCUUUCAAAUAGAAAGAAACGUUUCACUAUCCUUAAAGAUGUCAGUGGAAUCAUCAGGCCUAGCAGAAUGACAUUACUAUUGGGUCCUCCAAGUUCUGGGAAGACCACACUUCUGUUGGCAUUGGCCGGAAAGCUCGAUACGGAUCUAAAGUUUUCGGGGAGGGUGACUUAUAAUGGCCAUGGCAUGAAGGAAUUUGUACCCCAGAGGACUGCUGCUUAUAUAAGUCAACAUGAUGUCCAUAUUGGAGAAAUGACUGUGAGGGAAACCUUGGCCUUUUCCGCAAGGUGUCAAGGGGUUGGAUCGCGCUAUGAAAUGCUGGCAGAGUUGUCUAGAAGAGAAAAAGAGGCUAAUAUAAUGCCUGAGCCUGAUAUCGAUGUCUACAUGAAGGCCGAGGCAACUGAAGGUCAGGACACAAGCGUGGUGACAGAUUAUAUAUUAAAGGUUUUGGGAUUGGAAGUGUGUGCGGAUACCAUGGUUGGGGAUGAGAUGCUGAGGGGUAUUUCAGGCGGACAAAAGAAGCGUGUUACGACAGGGGAGAUGCUGGUCGGACCAGCAAAGGCACUAUUGAUGGAUGAGAUUUCAACUGGUUUGGAUAGUUCUACAACUUUUCAAAUUGUGAAUUCGAUCAAGCGAUACGUUCACAUUCUUGAUGGAACGGCAGUCAUCUCCCUCCUCCAGCCAGCACCUGAAACUUAUGAUCUUUUUGACGACAUUAUUCUCCUCUCCGACGGGCAAAUCGUGUACCAGGGGCCUCGUGAACACGUUCUUGAAUUUUUUGAAUACAUGGGCUUUAAGUGUCCCGAAAGGAAAGGAGUGGCUGACUUCCUUCAAGAAGUGACCUCAAGGAAAGAUCAAGAGCAGUACUGGGCACGCAGAGAUGAACCUUACAGGUUUUUAACGGUCAGAGAAUUUGCAGAGGCAUUCCAAUCAUUCCAUGUGGGAAGGAGACUAGGAGACGAACUUGCAACUCCAUACGACAAGACAAAAAACCAUAGAGCUGCUUUGACAACCAGGAAAUAUGGUCUCAGCAAGAAGGAGCUUUUGAAAGCAUGCUUCUCAAGAGAAUACUUGCUUAUGAAGAGGAAUUCAUUUGUCUACUUGUUCAAGCUCACUCAACUUUCAUUAGUGGCAGUUGUAGCAAUGACAGUUUUCCUACGGACCAGGAUGCAUCGUCGUUCAGUAGAGGAUGGAGGAAUUUUCUUGGGUGCUUUGUUCUUCGCUGUGACUAUGAAUUUGUUUAAUGGAUUGGCAGAGAUUUCUUUGACCAUUGCUAAGAUUCCUGUUUUCUACAAGCAAAGGGACCUCCUCUUCUACCCUUCUUGGGCGUACGCUCUUCCAUUAUGGAUCCUCAAAAUUCCUGUAACAUUCGUGGAAGUUGGAGUUUGGGUCUUCAUGACCUAUUAUGUCAUUGGAUUUGACCCAAAUGUUGCAAGGUUGUUUAAGCAAUACCUUCUGCUAGUUGUUCUAGCCCAGACGUCUUCUGCACUGUUCCGAUUUAUUGCGGCAAUGGCGAGGAACAUGAUUGUUGCUAAUACGUUCGGGUCAUAUGCAUUGCUCUUGCUCUUCGCAUUGGGUGGCGUUGUCCUGUCAAGAGAGGAUAUAAAAAAAUGGUGGAUAUGGGGUUAUUGGCUUUCCCCAAUGGUGUAUGGGCAAAAUGCGAUAGUGGUGAAUGAGUUUCUGGGGAGGAGUUGGAGCCAGGUUCGAAAUAACUCAAAUGAGACACUUGGAGUUGAGAUAUUGAAGUCCCGAGGGUUCUUCCCACAUGCGUAUUGGUACUGGAUAGGCGUUGGGGCGCUGACUGGAUUCAUAUUCCUUUUCAACAUCGGUGUCAUUCUAGCUCUCACUUUUCUCAACUCUGGCGAGAAGCCACAAAAUGUAAAAUUAGAACAACCAGAAAGCGAUGAACAAGGAGAGCAUAAAGGCGAAGGCAUACCAUUAGCGCAAAGAAGGAAGAACUCAAAUCAUGGUAUCAAUAUAGGGAGUGGAGAAGAAGUUAGGGGAAGUACAUCUACUGGGUCCUCUGCUGUAAGGACAGAAGAAAUUUUGAGGGCCAGCAGUAACAGGAAAAGGGGAAUGGUUCUUUCAUUUGAGCCAUAUUCAAUCACCUUUGAUGAAAUUACAUAUGCUGUUGACAUGCCGCAGGAAAUGAAGGAUCAGGAUGUCCUUGAGGAUAGAUUGGUGCUUCUGAAGGGUUUGAGUGGUGCUUUUAGGCCAGGUGUUCUCACAGCUCUGAUGGGUGUUAGUGGUGCCGGUAAAACAACUCUGAUGGACGUGCUGGCUGGUAGGAAAACAGGUGGAUAUAUCGAGGGGAACAUCACAAUUUCAGGGUACCCGAAGAGGCAAGAAACAUUUGCUCGAGUUUCUGGAUACUGUGAGCAAAAUGACAUCCACUCUCCUUAUGUUACUGUCUAUGAGUCCUUGCUCUUCUCAGCAUGGCUACGUUUAUCCCCUGACAUCGAUUCUGAAACCAGGAAGAUGUACACUGAAGAAGUCAUGGAGCUAGUGGAGCUGAACCCUUUGAGGCACGCAUUAGUUGGAUUGCCUGGAGUUAACGGUCUGUCAACAGAGCAGCGGAAAAGGCUCACCAUUGCAGUCGAGCUUGUUGCAAACCCCUCCAUAAUAUUCAUGGACGAGCCAACUUCAGGUCUAGAUGCAAGAGCUGCAGCCAUUGUCAUGAGGACAAUUAGAAACACAGUAAACACGGGAAGAACAGUAGUUUGCACCAUCCAUCAACCAAGCAUUGACAUUUUUGAAGCUUUUGAUGAGCUGUUCCUAAUGAAACGUGGAGGACAGGAGAUAUAUGUGGGGCCAUUGGGUCUCCAUUCUUGCCACCUUAUCAAGUAUUUUGAGAGCGUCGAAGGAAUUAAAGGUAUUAAAGAUGGUUACAACCCUGCAACAUGGAUGUUGGAAAUUACAGCUUCAACAGAGGAAAUAGCUUUGGGUGUUGAUUUCGCUACAGUAUACAAGAACUCAGAGUUGUACAGGAGAAACAAGGCACUUAUUGAACAAUUGAGCAAGCCCGCUCCUGGUUCCAAGGACAUCUAUUUCCCAAGUCAAUACUCUCAGUCGUUUUUCACACAAAUCAAGGCAUGCUUAUGGAAACAACACUGGUCCUACUGGCGGAACCCACCAUACACUGCUGCAAGAAUGCUCUUUACAGUUGCCAUAGCCGUGACCUUUGGGACAAUGUGCUGGGACAUUGGCUCUAAAACUGGGAGGGAACAAGAUCUCUUUAAUGCGUUGGGUUCUAUGUUUGCUGCCAUUGCCUUCCUUGGCCUCCAAAAUUCUUCAUCUGUUCAGCCGGUUGUGGAUGUUGAACGAACAGUCUUUUACAGAGAAAGAGCUGCCGGAAUGUAUUCAGCCUCGUCAUAUGCAUUUGCACAGGCUGUGAUUGAGCUUCCAUAUGGUUUUGUACAAGCUGCGGUAUACGUUGUCAUAGUCUAUUCAAUGAUUGGAUUUGAAUGGACUGCCGCCAAAUUCUUUUGGUACAUAUUUUUCAUGUACUUUACAUUAAUGUUCUACACCUAUUAUGGCAUGAUGAGUGUAGCAUUGACACCAAACCACCAGAUCGCUGCCGUAGUUUCCAUCGCAUUUCAUGCACUAUGGAACCUCUUUUCAGGAUUCUUUGUACCGCGACCACGGAUACCUAUAUGGUGGAGAUGGUACUAUUGGGCAAGUCCACCAGCUUGGACCAUGUAUGGAUUGGUUGCUUCCCAGUAUGGAGAUGUAGAGGACAUGCUUGACUCAGGUGUAACAGUGAAAGCUUUUGCAAGAACUUAUUUUGGAUACAAACAUGAUUUCCUUGCAGUGGCAGCAGUUGGCGUUUUUGGGUUUGCUGUGCUCUUUGCAUGCAUCUUUGGCUUUGGUAUCAUGGUCCUUAAUUUCCAAAGGCGAUAGAUCGGUGAUCUGAUUAUAUAAAUAUAUAUAUAUAUAUAUAUAUGUAUGUAUGCAUUAUAAAGAUGUUUCAGCAUUAAUGCUAAUGACUAUAAAUAUAUCAUGGGACAUUGGAUGUAAUGUG